UGAAAGCAGCAUGAUAUUUCAGAUUUUACAUAAAUAAACUCAUUUUUCGUCGUAAUUGCGGGAUAUUCGAUAAAGUUAUUGAGUCAAUUAAAUAUCAAACAAUAGUUCAUGUAAUAGAGCUUGUCAUUCGAUCAUUGUAAUCCACUGAUCUUAUUUUAUUGUGGGUUUUAUGCCAAUGUGUGUUGUUUGUGUAGUUGGCUGUGAGCCUGGGUGUUACGUAAUGCACUACACUACAACUCGGAUUUCUAUGUAAAGGUGUUAAUCCGUACUGGUAGAAAAAACAAUAAAAUUGUCAAGUUUAGUGUCGAGUGCCAGCACCAUCACCUAGUCAUCAUGGAGCCCAGUUCAGAAAGAAGUCUCCCCGAGAAAAUCUUCAAAAUGGCAGGAUUGGAUUUGGGAGAAUUGCCUGUAGCUUCCAAGGAAAAUGCUGGUGCAAAAUGUGAGAAUGAAGAGGAUCUAGAGGAGGAUCUUGGUCCAGAAUGGAGGGAGCUCAUGAAGCAUCCGUUCUUUGCCAAGGAGGUCCCUCCUCUUGAUGAGAUGACUCCAGAGUGGGAGGCUUUGGUAGCUCUGAAAUAUGAUCAAAAUGAACCAGUUGAUCUUGCGAUGACCUACAAACAAGAUGGCAACAUGUAUUUCAAGGUGAAGAAGUACCGAUCAGCCAUUGACCAUUACAGCGAGGGCAUCAAGCAGAGGUGUGGUGACCUUAAUCUCAACUGUGUUCUCUAUUGUAAUAGAGCCAUGUGCCAUUGGUAUCUGAAAAAUUAUCGCUCGUGCUUGAAGGAUUGUCUUUUUGCUCGCAAGUUCAAGCAUGAUCAUAUGAAAGCGAUCAUAAAAGGUGCUCAAAGUUGGAAUGCAUUAAAGAUACCUCGAGAAUGUGUGAAAUGGUGUGAUGAAGGCUUGAAAAUUGACCCUAAGAAUGAAACACUGUUGGAAUUACGGUCACAGGCAGAACAACUAAAGAAAGUUGUAGAUAAGGACCGACGGAAAGAAUUGGCAAAACAAAAGAAAAGGGAAAAAGAAGAAAAUGACUUGGUGGAAGCAAUAAAAGAGAGAGGAGUUAAAUUUGAGGAAUUUGGCCGAAUCUCCGAUACAAAGUUACACCACCUCGAUUCCCGGCACCCCGGAGGAGGCCGAGUUUUCCUGGAUAGCGAUGGCGUCCUUAACUGGCCUGUCAUGUUUGUUUACCCCGAGUUUAAUGACACAGAUUUUAUCCAAGCAUUUAAUGAAAAUUCCCGUUUUGUUGAUCACAUGGAAGCAAUGUUUGGUCCAGAUGCGUGUCCUCCUCCAUGGGACCUGAAAAGGCAAUACACACCACAGACAGUUGAGAUCUACUUUGAGGACCGAACAGAAAAGAAGUGUUAUCAAGUCGACCAAACCCUUACGUUGAAGUGUGUAUUGCAGAAUGAAAAGUUGGCCGUGGCUUCUGGAACGCCAUCUUUCUACAUCCUACGGAAGGAUUCAAACUUUGCCAAAGAUUUCCUCCAGAAAUAUUCAUAACACAUGGACUUCUCAGUGAAGGAACUGCUAAAGCUAAAGACUUCUUGACAUUUGCUGCAUUACUUAUUAUUUCUCAAUGCAAUGAUAAUGCCACAUCCCUACAAACCUCUAAUUGGAUGGCCUCUUUAGGCCUGUGAUCGAAUAAAUCUUCAUCUUUGCUAA